ACGAGUUGGGUUUGAGACGAGAAAUAUAUACAUACCGACCUUUCCCUCUACCAUUUCUUUCCGUCUGUUUUCUUCCCUUUCUCCAAUUCCUACCCAUCUACCUCCUCCGCAAUCAUGACUUCCCAGCAGAAAACCGCCGUCAACAUCGUCUUUGGGGCGAUGACCAUUGGCAAAGAAGGCGCCGAACAAGCACGAGUCCACGACCUUAAAACCGCCGGCGAAAUCCUCGACAUCUUCCAAAAGCAUGGCCACAAUGAGAUCGACACCGCACGAGCCUACGGCGCUGGCUCCUCGGAAGGGAUGCUUGGAGAACUGGAGUGGCAGAAGAGAGGCAUCGUCAUGGACACAAAGUAUUAUCCAACCAUUGCCUUUUCGGAUACUCCCUCCAACUGGGCCGCCAAAGGUUCAAGACAUACCCCUCAAGAACUGCGGGAGAACUUGGAAGCGAGUUUGAAAGCGCUCAAAACGGACAAGGUGGACAUGUGGUAUCUCCACGGUCCAGAUCGCACCACACCGUACGAAGAAACCCUCAAAGCCGUCAACGAACUCUACAAGGAAGGAAAAUUCACCCGCCUCGGAAUCUCAAACUACAUGUCCUGGGAAGUCGCUCAGAUCUGCGAACUCUGCCGCACCAACAACUGGAUCCAACCCUCCGUCUACCAGGGAGUUUACAACGCACUCCAUCGUUCCGUCGAACCCGAACUCUUCCCUUGCCUCCGGAAAUACGGCAUGGCGUUCUACAACUACAAUCCUCUAGCGGGAGGCUACCUCACCGACCGCUACCACCGCGAAACGCAAGACAUGGAAGAAGGAUCCCGCUUCGACCCGAAUCGAUGGCAGGGGAAAAUGUAUCGCACGCGCUACUGGAAUGACUCGUACUUUGACGCGCUGGACAUCCUUCGACCGGUGGCGAAGAAGCAUGGUCUGACGGAGGCGGAGUGUGCGUUGAGGUGGAUGACACAUCAUAGUCAGAUGAAGAGGGAGCAUGGAGACUCGAUCAUCAUCGGAGCCUCUUCGACCAAGCAUAUUGAACAGAACCUUGUCGAUCUCGAGAAGGACGCACUGCCGGAGGAGGUGGUCAAGGCGUUGGAUCAGGGAUGGGAGGGCUGUAAAGCCAUCAGCGGGAAGUAUUGGCACUAA